AUGAACCAUGGUAAACAUCGAGUACAGUACGAAGCAGAUCUUAAAGCCAAAGCAAAAUACCCCAUCAACAAUUAUAUAUCAAUAAGCAGAUUGUCUGAAUCACAUGCAUACUUUGUGAAGGAGUUGGCCAACAUAUCUAUUCCCAGUAGUGUGACUGAAGCACUAAAAGACUUAAAAUGGAAAGAAGCCAUGAAUGAAGAAAUGCGAGCGCUCCAAAAUAAUGCCACAUGGGAGCUCAUAUCUUUACCUCACAGAAAGAAGACAAUGGGAUGCAUGUGGAUCUAUAAUGUGAAACUCAAAGCAAAUGGAUCCUUUGAAAGAUACAAAGCUAGACUGGUGGCAGAAGGAAUCCUACUAUCUCUAGCAGCAAAUCUAGACUGGCCACUACAUCAGUCUGAUGUUAAAAAUGCCUUCUUACAUGAAGACUUAGAGAAAGAGGUCUACAUGGAUUUACCACUAGGAUGUAGUGUAGCUCAUGAUAAGAAUGAUCAACGCAAUGGCGAAAAAAUCACUGCAUUAAUCACGUAUGUGGAUGACAUGGUCAUAACUGAGAAUGACGCAUAA